AGGUGGGUGGCGCGGGAAGCCGGAGGCUUCCCCGGCCUGCCUGCUGCCCGGCGUUCUCCCAGGGGCCCGCGGGGCCGGGGCGCCCGGGAGACUAGGGGCCUCCCCGCGUCCACGUCACUUUGUUAGUGUCUGUUUAUCUUUUUAGAGGACACUGGCUGGUUGUGUGAACAUGUAUUGAGGAGCAGCCCGCGUGGGCGCGUGGCUGCACGGGCCGCGGCGGGCCGUUCCCGGGAGCGCCCUCCGUGCCCGCUGACAGGGCUGAGACCGUCUGCGCGCGCACGUGCGGCUCCCGGGCGGUUCAGUGGAGACGCCGGCCGCGUGGGUCUGCGUCAUCGCCGAGCCGGGCGGCCGGGUGCGGACGGCCUGGCGGCGGGCCGAGCCCGCGGUGCCGCGUGCGCGCCGUGUCCCCUCGGCGCUCCCGAGGCGCGGGCGGGCGAUGGCGGGCGCGCGGCCCGCGGACAAGGACUGGUACGGCGUGCUGGGCGCCGAGCCCUCCGCCGGCGCGGCCGAGCUGAGGCGGCGCUACCGGGCGCUGGCGCUGAGGUAUCAUCCAGACAGACAAAGUGCAGAUGCGCCAGCAGGAGCAGUGGAGGAGUGUGUACAGAAGUUCAUCGAGAUUGAGCAGGCGUGGAAAAUUCUAGGGAACGAGGAGACCAAAAAGGAGUAUGACCUGCUGCGACAUGAAGAUCACCUAAGAAAUAUGGGACCAGUAGAUGCUCAAGUAUAUCUUGAAGAAAUGUCUUGGAAUGAAGAUGAUCACUCUUUUUCUCUGAGUUGCCGAUGUGGUGGAAAAUACCGUGUUUCCAAGGACGAAGCAGAAGUUGUUACCCUGAUUUCUUGUGAUACGUGUUCACUAAUUAUAGAACUCCUUCAUUAUAGCUGAAAUUGUUCACUAAAUGGAAGCCUUUAACUGUAUAUUCAGACACAUAGAGGAGAGUUCAUUCCAACUUUGUCCUUUCAAGCAAAUGUAUAAAGCUGAUAAAAAAGAGGUAGGGUUCUUUUUUUGUCAGCUCUGUUAUUUGCAGAGAAAAUAGAAGGUGGUCGAGCAAAGGCCACCCCAGACUAAUAGAAAAUUAAUUUAGUUACUUAUAUGUAUUUAUGUUUACAGAUCACCAAAUAAGGGGACUUGAAUUAUAAAUUAUAUUUAGUGAAUUCCCA